UUUUUCCCUUAAAUAUGAGUUAAUAUGACUGAAGUAGAGGAAAUAAAAGGAGACACUGACAUAUUCCACAAUGUUACACAUUACAAACAACGGUACAAUUGGGACUGUGGAGUCACAUGCGUCCUCAUGUUGCUCGAUCCACAGCAACAGGAAUAUAUGCUACAGAAUUUCAAUGACAUCUGUCACGAGGAAGGUUUCGGUCAGUGCACAUGGACUAUAGAUUUGUGCUACUUACUAAAAAGAUUUGAAAUACCUCACGUUAUGUACACGAGUACGAUUGGUGUCAACGAGGCAUAUCAAACAUAUGAAUAUUACGACAAAAUUAUCAAAAUGGAUCGUCGCCGCGUGCAGAGUAGGUUUGCCGGGGCAGGGGGCGCAGGCCUGGACGUGAGGGAGCGGCGCGGGGGGCUGGCGCCGCACGAGCUGGCCGCCCAGCUGCGGCGGGGACCCCUCAUACUGCUCAUAGACGCCAGCCUGCUCUCCUGUGAUCUAUGCUACUAUAACAAAUUCAGACUCGACUUUAGGUGGUGCUUGGGAGGUGGCAGGUACCGAGGCCACUACGUGGUCCUGUGCGGGCUACGAGGUACUCGCGCCUACUACUGCGACCCCGCAAGGGGCGGACGAGGGGAUGGGGGAGGGGGGCGCGGGGAAGGGGGAGGGGUUCGAGGGGGGCGGGGGCGCGUGUGUGCGGCGCCGCUCGAGCGCGUGCUGCGUGCUCACCGCGCUGUGGGUACGGAUCACGACGCAAUACUCAUAUACAAGGACUACACCCGAACGUAGCCGACGAUAGCCGAUGGUAGCCGACCGUAGCCGACCGUAGCCGGUAGUAGCCGACCGUAGCCGAUGAUAGCCGAAUGGCAGCUUAGUAAUUGAGUUGUCCACACGCUGUUCUAAGCUAGUAUUAAAGUCUUAAUACAGGUUGAUAGAGAGUGAUGUGGACCGACUUUAACAUGUUGUAAAUUUGCGAUUUUUGAACUCAGAGUCACAAAUCAGGUAAUAUUGGAAAGGAUAUUUCUCCCUCUAGUAGAAAAAAGCAAAAACAUAGUCAAAACAACGAUGCCGCCAACACGAAUCUCUCACGAAUUGUUGUUGGCAUGGUUGAAUGUUUUUUACAAGAUUACUGAAGCUAUAUAAGACAUUAAACAAGAAUCAAUGGCAAAAUGUCAUCACAACUGACGAAGCUUGGAUAUAUAUGAGUGACUGUGAUCGUGGAGCAAGAAUUCAGUAUGUUUCGAGAGACAAAAAGAAUCCUGAAAUCGAAAUGAAAAUGCGCAGAAAACAACACGCAAAGGGGUUUAUGGUAUGGAUCUCACAUGCUGGCAAGACAAACAUAUAUCUUGUAGAAUCUGGAGCUAAAAUCAACUCUGAAUAUUACAUCAAAAAUAUACUAAAGAAAUUUCUGAGAUAUGAUGCACCUAGACUAUAUCCAAAUGGUGAUUUCGUUUUCCAUCAGGAUUCUGCACCAUCGCAUAUUUAGAAUAUGACUAAGACAUGGAUGCAUGGUAAACUCAACUAUAUCAAGCUUGAGGAAUGGAUGUCGAACUCUCCCGCUGCGGCUCCGAUGGACUACACAAUCUGGUCAUGGUUAAAAACAAGAGCAGGUAAGAUGAAAGUGAGUGACAUGGCAAGCCUGAAAAGAGCGAUAAAAAGAGAUUGGAAACAACUUCCUCAAGAAGUAAUCGACAAUGCGUUGACAUCGUGGCCAAAAAGGGUGAACAAUUUACAAGGAAAGAGGUAGACAAAUUGAACAUAAAAAGAAGCAAUAUGGAUUAUAAUUAGCAUGCAAUAACAACUCAAAGUCGGUCCACAUCACUCUAUCAAGCUGUAAUUAAUUAAAAAGGUGUGUAAAUUGUGACUAUUAUUCACUACGUGAGGCAGUUAACUGUGGUGUUGUUCAAAACAACUUUGAAGUGGUUUUAAAGCGGUUAUUAGGUAUACAAGUUCUGAAGGAAUAUAUAUAAUUUUUACUUUAACAGUUAUAAAUAUAAAAUAACCAUAUAUAUCUACUUGCAAGUCAGUUAUGUAUUGCACUUAGCAAUUCUUACUAAUAUUAUAAAUGCGAAAGUAAUUCUGUCUGUCUGUCUCGCUUUCACGCCGAAACCACUGAACCGAUUUAAAUGAAAUUUGGUACACACAUAGUCUAGACCCUAACGAAGGACAUAGGCUACUUUUUAAUGCAAAACAAGGGUUGAAAGGUUAUAUGGAAGUAUUGUAAUUUUACGUGGACGAG